UUCCUGGGGAAAUUCAGGUACCCAACGCAUUAGUGAACUUAAUGACUUAAUCUCAGCCUUUAAUCAAGAAGCGAUUGCAUUGAACAACGGUGAAUUGAUCAUCGCCGCCAAUAACGGUACUGAAAGCGGCGUUUAUCUGGUUAAGCUUGAUAACAAUGGUUUACUUGAUAGCAACUUUGAUAGCGAUGGCAUAAGAGAUGUUACUUCAACAGUUCCCAUUAAAAUAACUGGAACUGGCCACGACGCCACCAAUAAUGAUUUCUAUGUCGUUGGGGAAACAAGCUCCGGUGUAACCAAAAUAUUUAAAUUUAAUAGUGAUGGGACCAACGACAAUACCUUUGGAAUGGGCUCCAAUACAUCCACAUUAGACAGCGGUGUAAAUUACACUCAAAUUUCUGACACCAAUUUUGUAUCUAAUGACAUGACCAUUGAUAGUAGCGGUAACAUUUACAUCGCGGGUUCUUUCUUUGACGGCACUAAAAAGCGCGUUGCUUACAUCAUCAUGAAUUCAAAUGGAUUAGUUAAUUUUAGUGGUAGCUGGUUAAUCACCGUAAAUGAUACUACGGAGCGUUUGGGCGUGAGUAUAGCCGCCAGUACUAGCGAACUUUUCAUUCUGGCAAGAGAUACCAUAAAUCAGGCUUACAUGUACAACUUUUCUCUGGCAGGAACUUUAGACGCAACCUUUGACGGCGACGGAAUAUUGCCAAUCACGGGUUAUCAGGCACCGACGUCAAAUCGAAUUAGAGUGGAGGUAGACAGCAAUCAAAAAACCUGGUUUUCAGUGCAAGAUGGCUCUGGAAACUCCUUAAUAUUCAGAUUAAAUAGCACCGAUGCCAAUUUUGAUAAUAGCUUCGUUAAUGGUGGCAAAGCACCAUUAAACAAUGGUGUUUCUGGUUGGGCUUUUAAUAUGGGAUUCCAAGG